AACUUUGCAGCGCAGCGUAGAGCACUAUGUAUGCCAAAUAGACGUGCGCACCAAUGCGCGUCGUCGCGCUGAGCUUGCUCCUGGUGCGGUGCGGCGCCGAGGACCAGCCCCGGCACGCCGCCGCGGCGCACUGCGCCAGUCGAGGCCGUACUUUAAUUGCUUUUGGUGCCCACACGGACGAAUCAUUUGUGCAAAACGAAUUAACAAACAUCCACAAUGCCGCGGACGCGAUGAGCCGAGGCUGCCCGGCCCACGACGUCGCGCUUUUUGUGGACGCGUCGAAGCAAUAUGGCGUCCUCAGGCACCCGACCAACGGCACGACGGUCCGCGUUCCCUUCGCCCUUCUGAAGAAGAACGCUUCCGCGGCCACGCGCGCGUUUGUCAGCCACCAGCUCUUGAUGGCCUCGCUGCCCGCUUAUGUUGCAGAGGACAAACGUUAUGAUUAUGUGUGGGUCAUCGAGGAGGACGCGAAGCUCGCGCAGGGGAGCUGGGACCAACUGUUUCGCAAGUUUAACAGUAGUCAGGCGGAUUUGAUAGCACAUAUCCGGCGGACGCGCAACGGCAUGGCGGCGCUACUACCCGUCGCGCGCCUCUCGACGCGAUUAAUACGAGCCAUACGCCGCGACCUCGCGCGAAUCGACAAUCGCGAACGAGGCGCGCCGCGGAGAAGAAUCCACGGCGCCUUCUCGUACCAGCUGUGCCGCGGGCGGAGCUGGUGCGCGACCGAGGCGAUCCCGCGGGAGUGGCUCGCCGUCUACCGCGCGAAGUGCGCCUGGAGCGGGGCCAAGUUCGAGAAGGAUGCGGAGACGUGGUUCAAUCCCACAUCGCAUGGUCUGUUGUACCACCCGGUCAAGCUCCACGCGCCGACGUCGGGACGGGACUUCAAGCGCUACAACUGCGCCAAGACCUUCGCGAAGGAGCUCUCCGAGAACGGGCGCCAGCGCGCGCAAGCGGCGAACGAAAAGCGCGGCGGCUCGCGUGUGUAAUUGUUGUGUGGUAUG